AUGUCCGCCUCCGCCGCCACGUCGCUCCGGCCAAUGAGAGGCCGCCACGUCACCUUCCCCACCGCCUCAGCCAACCAGUGCCUGCCACCUCACCCGCGCCCCGCGCCCACUUCGCCCGCGGCCCGGUUCCCCGAGCCGCCGCCACCCGCGGGCGCUGCCCCGCGCGCCUCCCUGCACCCCGCCGCCGGCGAGCGUCGCCGGUGCCCCGUCGCCGCCCUCCGCCGCCCGUCGCCACCAACCCCGCCGCCAGGGUGCCCUGCCUCCCGCUCCUUCCCCGAGCGCCCCGCCGCCCUUCGCCGACGCCGCCCUCCGUCGUCCCGCCGACGAGCUCGCCGCCCCUCCGCCCGUCGUCUACGCCGCCGGCGGCCCGCGCCUCCCCGCGCCGGCUGUCCCUCACCGCCCUGCACCGCCGAACGUCAUCACCGCGCCGCCCCCGCGCCGGAUCCGGCGAGAUCCGGCCGGAUUCCGCGCCUCCCCGGCGUCCUCAACCCCCGCCGGCCGCCACCGUCAACAACUCCGGUGAGGUCCGUGGAUCGGGAUCAGAUCCACCACCUCGCCCAUCCAAACGCCUCCCCGCGCCCGGAUCUCUCCGUCCCGGAACGUCCCCGUCCACUUUUCUGCGAGGUGGUUAUUUUCGUCUAA